AAUCCAUGCCCAUCAGUCUCCAGUCGUUUUUGCCCCUCCCCCAUUUUCCUCGCUUUGGAAACUCCUCCCCAAUUCCCAAAGCUAUCCCCUCUUCGGUAACUCCGCCCAACUCUCCCCUUUUAAACUCUCCACCUACUUCCUCCGUGACCGUACACCGCCGGUCAACACCAGUCACAAUGUCGCAGUCCGUACAUCUCCUCACCCCUUCCGACCUCGCCAUCCCAAAACACCACUCCUCCUUCCUCUCCACCUUCAAUCGCCGGUUGUCGGUCACCACCACCACCACAACCGCUUCCCCUUUCUUCCCAAAGCUCUCCAUCAGAGCCUCCUCCUCCGAUCGCAAGCCUUCCGUUCUCGUCACUGACAACGGCACAUCCUCCUCGGGGCUCCAAUCCUCUGCUUCGCACGCCGACCAUGCUCUCUCCAGCUCCAUCGAGGUCGACGCCGUCACCGAAGCCGAGCUCCGGGAGAACGGAUUCCGCUCCACCAGGCGCACCAAGCUCGUAUGCACCAUCGGUCCCGCCACCUCCGGAUUCGACCAGCUCGAGUCGCUCGCCGUCGGCGGCAUGAACGUAGCACGCAUCAACAUGUGCCACGGCACCCGCGAGUGGCACCGCGAGGUCAUUCAGCGCGUCAGGAGGCUCAACGAGGACAAGGGAUACGCCGUCGCCAUCAUGAUGGACACCGAAGGCAGCGAGAUUCAUAUGGGUGAUUUGGGUGGCGCCUCCUCCGCCAAAGCCGAGGAUGGUGAAGUAUGGACUUUUAGUGUCAGAGCUUUCGGCUCCGCUCUCCCCGAGCACACCAUCAAUGUGAAUUAUGAAGGUUUUGCUGAAGAUGUGAAAGUGGGGGAUGAACUGCUUGUGGAUGGCGGGAUGGUGAGGUUUGAGGUGAUCGAGAAGCUUGGUCCUGAUGUUAAGUGUAAGUGUACUGAUCCUGGUUUGUUGCUGCCUCGGGCUAAUUUGACUUUCUGGAGGGACGGGAGUUUAGUGCGAGAACGCAAUGCCAUGCUUCCCACAAUUUCGUCUAAGGAUUGGUUGGACAUUGAUUUUGGGAUUGCAGAGGGUGUUGAUUUUAUCGCUGUAUCUUUUGUCAAGUCUGCGGAAGUGAUUAAUCAUCUUAAAAGCUAUAUUGCUGCACGGUCACGAGAUAGCGAUGUUGCUGUCAUUGCAAAGAUAGAGAGUAUUGACUCACUAAAGAACUUGGAAGAGAUCAUUCAAGCAUCAGAUGGAGCAAUGGUGGCAAGAGGAGAUCUCGGUGCUCAGAUACCACUAGAACAGGUCCCAGCAGCCCAGCAAAAGAUUGUUCAAGUCUGUCGGCAGCUAAAUAAGCCAGUCAUUGUGGCUUCUCAACUACUUGAAUCUAUGAUUGAAUAUCCUACACCCACUAGAGCCGAAGUGGCUGAUGUUUCUGAAGCAGUGAGGCAGCGCGCUGAUGCUUUGAUGCUUUCUGGUGAGUCGGCUAUGGGCCAGUUCCCAGAAAAGUCAUUGGCUGUUCUUAGAAGUGUUAGUCUGAGGAUUGAAAGAUGGUGGAGGGAAGAGAAACGUCAUGAAGCUAUGGAACUGCCAGCUAUUGGAACUUCAUUUUCUGACAGUAUUUCAGAGGAGAUUUGCAUUUCUGCUGCCAAGAUGGGUAAGUAUUCGCUAAAUACGUUUCUAAGUGAGUUAAGCUAAGCAGUUAUCUGUGUG